AUGGAAAAUAGGAAUGUCACAGAAUUUGUUCUUUUAGGUCUGUCCAGUGACAAAAAUUUGCAGAUAUUUUGCUUUGGGCUGUUCCUCUCCUGUUACAUUACAAUCCUCUUAGGGAAUUUCCUCAUCCUCAUCACCGUCAGAUGCAGUUCCCUCAACAAGAAGCCCAUGUACUUUUUCCUCUGUCACCUGUCCCUCAUGGACCUCUGCUACACUUCCACAGUGACUCCCAAACUGGUCAGAGAUUUGCUGUCUAAGAAGAAAACCAUCUCUUUCGGCCACUGCAUGAUACAACUCUUCACUGUGCACUUAUUUGGUGGGGUUGAGAUCUUCAUUCUUGUGGGGAUGGCCUAUGAUCGCUAUGUUGCCAUCUGCAAACCCUUACACUAUAUGGUCAUCAUGAACAGGCAGCGGUGUGCUACAGUGGUUGCAGUGUGCUGCGGAGGAGCAUUUCUCCAUUCCAUGGUCCAGUGUCUCCUUGUCAUUUUUUUGCCCUUCUGUGGCCCUAAUAAGAUUGAUCACUAUUUCUGCGAUGUUUACCCUCUCCUGGAAUUGGCUUGCUCAGAUACUGCCGUGACUGGAUUUUUAGUCCUUGCCAAUACAGGGACAAUUGUGUUACUUACUUUUGCAGUCUUGGUCUUCUCUUACAUCACCAUUUUAGCCAGUCUGAGGACCCGCUCUUUGGAAGGACGUCGCAAAGCCCUCUCCACCUGUGCAUCCCACAUCACCGUGGUGGCAUUGUUUUUCUUGCCCUCCCUCUUCAUUUACCUCAGGCCAGUCCAGAUCUUCCCCGAGGAUAAGGUGUUUGCUCUGUUUUGCACCAUCAUUGCCCCCAUGUUCAACCCCCUCAUCUACACUCUGAGGAACAGAGAGAUGAAAACAGCCAUGAGAAAGGUG